AUUUACUCUCAGCCCCGACAAAACAGAAGUCUCUCGGUUUGGCUGGCAGGCUACGGAAGACAACUGUACACUACCAGUACCGAGUGAUUAUAUUAACCUCCAACUGUAACAAACCGACUAGUCUUUGUUUGAAAAAUAUUUCACAGUCCGUCGGGACUUGCUACACUCGCUCCCGCCUGGUUUCGACAGACUUAAAGUCGCGGCGCUCAAAUUUCGGCUGAAUAAAUAUCGGAUAAAUAAAGCGAAAUAACGGACACGGUUUGGGUGAGAUGUACGGUUAGUAUUACUGUGUUUUGAGGAGGGUGUCCAACACAGAGCUAUAGUUUCUCCUCAAGAGGCGAGGAAUGCAAUCUGAGCAUCAAUGUUUCACUGGGGCAAGUGGAAGAAGAGGAUGGGAGCCAAUAGUUCUUCAAAGAGACCAGUGUUCGAUGAAAAGGAAGAUGUAAACUUUGACCACUUCCAGAUAUUGCGGGCCAUUGGGAAAGGGAGCUUUGGAAAGGUAUGCAUUGUACAAAAGAGGGACACGGAGAAGAUGUACGCCAUGAAGUACAUGAACAAACAGCAGUGCAUAGAGAGAGAUGAGGUCCGAAACGUCUUUAGAGAGCUUGAGAUCCUACAGGAAAUUGAACAUGUUUUUUUAGUAAAUCUCUGGUACUCCUUCCAGGACGAGGAGGACAUGUUCAUGGUGGUGGACCUCCUGCUGGGAGGAGAUUUGCGCUACCAUCUGCAGCAGAGCGUCCAGUUCAGCGAGGACGCUGUCAAACUCUACCUCUGUGAGAUGACACUGGCGUUGGACUACCUGCAGAGCCAGCACAUCAUCCAUAGAGAUGUCAAGCCAGACAAUAUCCUGUUGGAUGAGCAAGGUCACGCUCACCUGACAGACUUCAACAUAGCAACAAUAAUAAAGGACGGAGAGAGAGCCACAGCCUUAGCUGGAACCAAGCCCUAUAUGGCUCCAGAGAUCUUCCAGUCUUUUGUAAGUGGAGGAACAGGCUACGCCUUUGAAGUAGACUGGUGGUCACUAGGGGUGACAAUCUUCGAAGUGCUGCGUGGAUGGAGGCCCUAUGACAUCCACGCUAGUAACUCUGUGGAGUCCUUGCUUCAGCUCUUCAGUACAGUCAGUGUCCAGUACAGCCCGGCCUGGCCCAAGGACCUGGUUUCCCUCUUGAGGAAGCUACUGACAGUGAACCCAGAGCAUCGUUUCUCCAGCUUGUCUGACAUGCAGACAUCUCCCUACCUCGCUGACGUCAACUGGGACGCUGUGUAUGAGAAGAAGAUGGAGGCCGGAUUUGUUCCUAAUAAAGGUCGCCUCCACUGCGACCCCACCUUUGAGCUGGAAGAGAUGAUUCUGGAGUCGCGCCCCCUUCACAAGAAAAAGAAGAGGCUGGCCAAGAACCGGUCUCGAGACAACAGCAAGGAUUCACAGUCUGAGAAUGACUACCUACAGGAGUGCCUUGAAGUGGUGCAGCAAGAGUUCAUGAUCUUCAACCGUGAGAAGUUGAAAAGGCGUCAGGAGGAGGGUCAGUCAGAGGCCGGGGGCGAUGAUGCCAGUGGAGACGGGGACGGAGAAGCUGAAGCCGGGGCCACUGACGAUGACGCACCUGAGCCAGAGCCCGACCCCGAGCCGGAGCCCGAGUCCUCCUCCAAGCUAAGCAUGUGCGGCUCAGUCUGCUCCUCCCCCGGCAGCUGCUAG